ACAGCUCAUGUUCUCUGGUAAUUCAAUAAAGUACAUUCCAAAAUGAGUCUGACAGCUAAGGACAAGGCCCUGGUCAAGGGUUUCUGGGGUAAAAUCUCUGGAAAAGCUGACGCUCUUGGUCAUGAGGCUCUGGCAAGAAUGCUCGUUGUCUACCCUCAAACCAAAACCUAUUUUGCCCAUUGGCCUGACACAUCUCCCGGAUCUGAGCCAGUCAAGAAGCACGGUCAUACUGUGAUAAGCGCCGUUGGCGAUGCCGUGGGGAAGAUCGAUGACCUUCUUGGUGGACUGAGCGGCCUGAGCGAUCUGCACGCUUUUAAGAUGCGCGUGGAUCCCAGCAACUUCAAGAUUUUGUCUCACAACAUCCUCGUGGCUUGUGCCGUGAACUUCCCUGGUGAUUUUACUCCUGAGGUGCACGUCUCUAUGGACAAGUUUCUCUGCGCCUUGUCUGCAGCUCUUGCAGAUAAAUACAGAUAAAUAAGAAAUGGUCGUUGUUUAUGGCUCUAUAUAUAUUAUUAAGAGAGCUGUUUAAAACAAUACUACAAUAAAGUCAUUUCAAAACGA